AUGCGUUUUCACUACGCUAUCGUAGCGGGUCUAGCUACCCUUUCGCUCGCGGCUCCGCAGGCUGAAAUUCAAGGUCAAAUUGAUAGUGCCCUUGCUGAAAUCAAUGCAAAUACCAAUGGAAAUGGCAAUGGAAAUGGCAAUGGAAACGGCAACGGAAACUCAAACGGCAAUGCCAACGAGAAUGGAAAUAGCAAUUCAAAUGGCAACAGCAACACCAAUGUCAAUGAAAACACAAACGUGAAUGUCAAUGAUAACGACAAUGGACACCAUAGUUCCAAACCCGUCAAGCCAACUUCUGAAAAACCUCCACCAACUUCUCAUAAACCUCCACCAACCUCUCAGCGACUUUCCACAACGACCAUCAGAAGCACCAUCGAUGUCACUUCUACCAUAACGGUCCGUCCAACCAGUACGGUUCAACCCACAACUCGAUCAAGUUCUUCAACAGGCUCCUCAACCGGUACUAUAUCGGGUAUUACAACCAGCCGAACAUCAACUUCUAGCACCGGCAGAAGCACCUCUGAGUCGUCUUCAAGAACUUCUAGUACUUCCAGUACUUCGAGAAGCUCUUCUUCCACUUCUUCUUCCAUCUCAUCCUCAUCCUCAUCCUCAUCUUCCUCAUCUUCGUCAGGCACUGGAACUGGCACCCGAUCUGGUCUUACAACCAGUCGUGAAAGUUCUCAAACCGGUAGUGCUACAGGUGGAAGUUCCGGUGUCGUCACAACGACUUCUCCCCCACCUGUUACCACCGCUACCAACACUGGAAGCGGAACCGGUGGCAACUCCGGCAUCGUUACUACACCCACAACCCCAAUUGUUCCUCCUCCCCAAACAACCACAAAUGUAGUUCCACCCCCUCCUCAAACAACCACAGAUGUUGUUCCACCUCCUCUCAUCCCAACAACCAAUGUGGUUCCUCCACCUGUUGUAACCAAUACUGGUACUCAACAAGGCAACGUCGUUCCACCACCCAACACCAAUUUCCCCGAAAUCACCAUCCUCCCCGUCCUCACAACAAUCACCACCGUCAACCCACCCAUCACAACCAUCACCUCCAUCCCCAUUGUACCCAUUGCUCCUAUCGUUCCUCUUACCAUCUCAGCCAACAACAGAGUUCAAACCGUUCAAGGUGUCGAAAUCACCGUCAACGGCGAAGCCACUGUUGUUUCGGGACUUACUCUCACGACUACAAUUCCCGCUGGAGUCAUUACCACCUUUACAUCUGCCGGACAAACAUUCACGACCCUGGCUCCUGGAGGCGGACCUACUGAAACUAGUGCUGGAGCUAUUCUCGGACAGUUUACUGGUGGUGCUGAGAGAGUUAAGGCACUUGAAGGCGGUGCUGUCAUCGGACUUGUUGGAUUUGCUGUUGGAGGAUUAUUGUUACUUUAA